CAUCUGGGCGGCAAGUAGACGAGGAGGACUUUAAAGCGAGUCGGCCGAGGGGAAGGAGCGGCAGACGGACCGACCGCUUUCAGACAUGCAUCCCGCUCUGCUGGCGUUGGCGGCGUUGGCGUCUCUGUCCGCCACGGCGGGCGCCCAGUCCCACGACCACCACGACAUGUCCUGGGUCAACGGCUACCGCCAGGGCUUCAACUUCCAGUGUCCCCACGGGGAGGUCCUCGUGGCCACCAGGAGCUACUUCAGCGAGGCGGACGGCUCGGACCGCCUGUGGUCGUUUGAGUGCCAGCCAACGCCGGAGGGCCUCGGCGAGCCCAGCGACUGCUGGUGGGACGACAUCAACCGAGCCGGGAUGGAGUGGUCUUCAACGUGCACUCGUAACGGCCUGGUGGCCGGCGUCCAAAGCAAGUACUUUGAGUCGGUUCUGGACCGGGAAUGGCAGUUCUACUGCUGCUACUACAAACGCCGAUGCCCCUACUCCUGCAUGAAGACGAGCGACAUCCCUGAGAACUACCGAGAGGAGGCGGAGCUCGUGGUUCCCUCGUACGGAUACUUCAUCCGAGGAGCUCAGACCACCUUCAGCGGAGUCUUGAGAGAUCGGCAGUGGAAGUACAUCCUGUGCAGGAUGACAGACUUUGAUUGUGAAUUUGAAAAUUUAUAGACUUGUCAUCUGCUUUAUUUCCCACACAAUGAACGGUUUGAACCGAUAUUUACUCGCACAUUAAAACAAAAACACGAUACUAACACACAUUAUACGUUUAACGGACGGGUUUGUGAUCCAUGGCUCAACAUCACCUGUUUUAGUUUCGCACUGAACAUGAACUGCUCACAUCGAAGGUAGUGCAGCAGAGACUCUGAAUGGGCCUCAUGUGAGCGUUUCGAUGGAGAUGUUUUCCCUGCAGACACCAAUGGUUGUGUUGCAAAGUGAGAAUCAACACGAGCUUUGAAUGAAAUCGCUUCUAAUUACACGUAAACUGUCCUAACUCAUGUAACUGCAUUGACUGAAACAGGAUUAAAACCUCUCUGGACUACGA